AUGAUUGGCUCACUGGAGCGGAAAAACACCCGAGAAGCUUUGGAAAUGUUGCCAAUCCUGGAAGAAAUCUUCCUGAAUCACUUUCUUCCACCGAAUCGCAAACUGGUACCCUUCAGCGGGAGGCCCCUGAAAAGGAUCGGCGAGUUUUGUUCAAACAGCGAACAUGGUAGGAAACGGAUAUUAGUUUUGUGGAGGUUCGAGCAUAAACUAAAAAUCAUGUAUGAACGAUUUUUGAGAGCUUUGGAGAGUCUGGCUUCAUUAGUCGUAGAGGAUCUUAGCAAGCGUGCUCUCCGGUGUGCGCUCAACCUUCUAGCAGAACGUCCAGAAGGAGAAAGGUUUCUCCUGAGCAUGCUGGUCAAUAAAAUGGGCCAUCCGAAACCUCAAAUAGGAUCAUUUGUAGCAACACUGCUUGAGGAUCUUACCAAGCGGCAACCAAAUAUGAAGCCGGUCAUUGUCGCUGAAGUUGAGAGGUUGAUUUAUAGGACUAAUGUGAGCCCGAAAGCGCAUCUUUAUGCAUCAACUUUCCUCUCACAGGUAAUGACACCCUUGUCAUUAAGUUUUGGUGGUUAUUCUCACAUUUGCCAUACUUUCAUCUCGUUGACAGCGUAG